AUGCACGCCCGAACUCAAUUAAUAUCUGGGCGCACCGCAGCCCAGGGAUUGGCCCUUCGCCCGGCCCAGUCAACCUGCCGAACGUACGCGACGACGGCGCCCACGCCCGCAGUGAAGAACCCACUACAGCGACGACGCGGCGGUGAUCUCGGCUCCCAUCUUCCCAUGAACAUCAUCCCGAAAGAUGCAUACAUCCCCCCAUACCCCUAUGGCGCCCAUCAGCUGUUCAAGCAGGCCAACAAGGGUCUAUACGGCGACCAGAUGAUACGCUUUGGCAACAAUGUCUCCAAAGACACCGAAACGAAGACACGGCGCAACUGGAAGCCCAAUGUGCUCUCCAAAAGCCUAUACUCGGUCGCACUGAAGAAGAAGAUAAAGCUGCGCAUCACCGCCAAGGUUCUCAAGACCAUGGACCGUGAGGGCGGGCUGGAUGAGUACCUGCUCAAGGACAAUGUAGCACGCAUCAAAGAGCUCGGACCUAUGGGAUGGGCGCUACGAUGGACAUUGAUGCAGAAGCCGGAAGUCAUCGAUCGGUUACGGGCAGAAGCUGCGGCUCUUGGCAUAGACCAGGCCACAAUCGACAAGCAAUGGCCCACACCCCAGAUGAUCGCCGAGAACAAAGCUGCCCACGGUACGCUCUCCGAAAACAUGCCCGACGGCGCACUCGAGAGCCUAGAGUUCACGGAGACGGAGGACCAAGAGAUGUGGUCCGGAGAGGAAGUCAAAGACAUAGCCGACCCAAAGAAAAAAGGCCCAAGAGCGUACAAAGUGCGAGCCGAUGCCGCUCUCGAGUACACCAAAGCAGUCAAGGCCGCAGAGCGUUACGUAUCCCGCGACGCCGUUGACAGCAUAGAAGAGGGCCUCAAACUAGCCUUUAUCCGAGCCAAAGAGCGCGAAGCAGAGAGACUCAGAAAGAAACAGCUAGUGAGCGAAGCAGGCAUCACACAGCAAGACCUAGACGAAACUAGGUCGAAGUUCAACCUCCCAGACAUCAGUGACAAUGCCGCCCGGAGAAUCACCUUCAACCAGCGGAGACGCAAGGAGAUCGAUGAAGCCGGCGGCAUCGAGGCCUGGAGCAAGAUCAAGAGCGCCGCACACGACGCGAAGGUAGCAGAAGCAGGUGGCAUCGAAGCCUACAACGCCAACAAGAAAGCCUACAAUGCUGCUCUUAUCGCGGAGGCGGAGACUGCGUCUACCAACGAGGACAUGGAUCCCGAACGAAGGGCAUACCUCGAAACCGCGCUGCUGAAGGCGGAUCUCGCUAUCAAGCAUAGGCUUGCUGGUGGUGAGGAGGAUUAUGUGGAGUCGAUUUUGGAGCUGUACAGCAAUGGAGGUCUGCGCGCGACUGGUGGUGCUGGUGGUCUGAGUGAGAUUUAUCAGGCUGCGGAGCAGGAGAGGAGUGCUGGAGGUGAUGCUUGGGGCGCGCUGGUUAAUGAGAGUAGGAAGGAUGAUGAGAGUCAGCCGCGCACGUAG